ACGCUUUUCACUUUUUCCUCAGAUUCUCAAAUUAGGCUCGGACAAUGACGAGGAGGACUCGAAGCAGAGCCGUUGAAGCGGAAGAAGCACUCAAGGACGUGAAGCGCGAGCGAGUCGACUCGGAGGCAGCGGGUCGCGAUGAGUCACCGACACCGGCGAGCCAGUUGGACCGGAGGGUGCUCCGGUCUAAGUACCUGGCCGUCAUGAAUCUGAUUAAUGAGGAAAGAGAGGAUUUAACGAGGGCAGACUCGGAUAAGUUCAGUGCUAUAAUUGGCGAAGUGGAGAGGUUGCAUGAAUUAGUUCAGAAGCCGAGGGAGCAAUUGGCUGAUGCAGAGGCACUAUUGGGCAUUGCUAAUUCUUUGGCGACGUCUGUAAAAUCGCAUUCCAGUGAGGGUGUUACACCUGCAGAUUUUGUUAACUGUUUACUCAAUGAAUUUGGGCAAUCCAAUGGGGGAGUUGCCCCACAAGAGAAUGCUCAGAUUAUGGUUCGUUGGAAAGAUAUUGGGCUUGCUGUUGCACCCAUUUUCCGUAAGGUUCAUGGGUGUUGCACCAUGGUUGGACCUAUGAAUACUGAGUUGAAGCACCGGAAGACUGUGGUUCACAGAAAACGUGCAAAGCCAAAUGAAACUGCUCGUCCCGAAGAGCUUGAUAGUACUGGGGAAGAAGAAAAAACAGAUACUGACAAGAAUAUGUCAACUAUGUUUGAGAUCUUGAGGAGGAAGAAGCGUGUUAAACUUGAGGGUUUGAUAUUGAAUAGGGAGUCCUUUGCACAGAGCGUGGAGAAUUUAUUUGCUCUGUCAUUCCUAGUUAAAGAUGGGCGAGCUGAAAUAAGCGUGCAUGAAAAUGGUUCUCAUCUUGUUUCACCAAGGAAUGCUCCUGCUGCCAACUCUGUUAUGUCAGGCGAGGUUGCUUACGGUCAUUUUGUUUUCAGAUUUGAUUUCAACGAUUGGAAGUUAAUGAUGGAUGCUGUGCCACUUGGAGAGGAACUGAUGCCGCAUAGGAAUAUCUCAAACCUGUCGGCUGCUUCUCAGGCAGACCAAGCAGUCAACAAUUCUCAAGCAGCAUUACCCACAACCCCAAUUAGGAAACUGUCUAGGAACCGUGGCCUCGUUGUGCAGGAAGAUUACGUUGUAGAAGAAUCUCCUGACAAUGACGAUGGUGUUUCUAAGAGAGAAAAUGCAAUCCGUAGGGGUAAGCGUAAGCUUAAUUGAAGGCUAGACUUGGUAAAAUAUGUCAUGGAUCUAACCCAACAAGAUGCGGUUAGCAUGCUAAUUAUGCAGGGUUCCUUAUUCUCUCUCUGUCCAGUUGCCUGCUGCAUGUUUAUCCUACGAUGUAUAUAGGUAGCCUUUUUUUGUGAUAAGUAGAUGUAGGUAGCUUUUAGUUGUUACAUUCUAUGUAUUUCUCUAGGUUUCAACAUUUUGACACGACUCUCCCCUUUGGGUUGGUUUGACUUUUGCCACUACUUUUGGGUCAAGUCAAUGUAAGAAUGCUUUUUUUUUUUUUUUUUUAGAAAGAGUUGUAAUGGACUCUUUGAAAUGGGAUGUGAUUGUUGCACAA